AUGCCACCAAGUAAUGGCCACCCAACGUCUACAUUAGGUUAUUCCUCAGCCAGGCAUGAUGAACGGAUAACAACAAGCUACGAUCCUCUGUAUUAUGCAUGCUCAUCUUCAGGCCAUUACUGUGGUUCUUGUUCUGGCCUCUAUUACUCUUUCACAACCCCUUACGCGUCAGUCAACAUCCUACCCAUGUUAAGCCCCAAAUGUACUCCAGGAAAAGAAAUUCUACGCUCAUUUGUUAAAACGUUUGGUGGUUUGAGCGCAGUCUUCUCUCUUUUGUGCAGCUAUUCGGCCAGCGAUCCAUCGGUCAUUCAACGGCGACACUUUGUCUCUAAUACUCGCUAUAUAAUCUUCCCCAACUCAUCUCUUUCCAGCAACUCAGUACCAACGACCCCAGAUCCAGGCUCAUCCAUAGCGAAACCAGCAUCCACAACAACCUCAGCCUCUCCCUCGCCCUCGAGCCACGAAAAUACUAACACGGGUGUCAUAGCAGGAAGCUUCAUUGGUGGUGUUGCAGUCCUCGGACCCAUCGGCGGUGCGUUCCAGCUCCUUACCAGGACCCACCCGAACCAACCCGGAAAAGGCGCCGGAACCUUCCAUGAGCGCGAGAGAUACGACCCACAUUUACUGGCUCACUACCCCCAAAGUAUACGAAUGGAAACACCACCAGCCCUGUCUCCGGUACCGCUUUAUCCAGGGGAGUUAGGAAUGAACUCUCGGGGGCGAAAUCGCCUUUUAGAGGACCUCCCUCUCCGGUAUUCACGAGCUACGGGCAGAAUCGUGGAUGGUCAGAUCGUGAAUGAAGAGGGUAUGGGUGAAUCUCCAAUGAAGGAGGCUCCUGUGCUUUUCCUAAAUGUAUUGACUAAUGCAGCCAGCUAG